AUGUCUAAUACUUAUAGCAAUAUUCAAAAAAUUCCUUCCUCUGUCUCAAGUUCUGAUAUUGACCUAAUCUCUGACCAAGAUAAAGGCCAAGACUACAAAGACAAAGUUUAUGAGAAUGAUGAAGACUCAAAUUCCGAUCUCAAAGUCAUUGAAAAAUCGGAACAAAAUAAACAAAAAAAAAAGAAAAAGAUAGAAACAACCAUUUAA